AUGAACGAGUCCCAACGCAUAGCCACGUCGUAUCUGAACACCAUUUUGGCCGACUUUGGGGCUGCCAACAGCUCAGCAAAGUCCACUGUCCGCUUCACCCAUGGCUUCCCCCCGGUUUCUCAGACCAAAGGCACCGACAUCCAUCUGUCGUUGAUCGGAGCCAUUCCCAGUGCAGCCAAUGCGCUCCUGGCAGCCAGGAUGCUGGAACUGCGAGGAGGCCCGGCGCAGGAGAUUGAGAUCGACCUGCGCCGGUCUCACAACUAUAUCGAUCCAGAUAUCGGUAUGACUCCCUGCAUCUGGGGUCAGGAGAUCCCGGUCGACGCCUUGAUUGGGAACCCGUUCCUCAGAAACAUCUUCGAGACGAAGGAUGGACGGCACGUCAUCCUUUCCGCCGUUUAUAUAGAACUCGUCUACAAGUGGACGGCAUUCUUGCGCUGCUCGGCCUUGGAGUCAGACAUCCGAGCCACUGUCAAGCAAUGGGAUUCAAAGGUUCUCGAAGCCGCCGCCGCUGAAGCCGGCAUGCCUAUGGCCGUGGUGCAGUCCGAGGAAACCUGGGCCGCCAACCCCCACGGGCAACACAUGGCCAAACUUCCCAUUGUCCCAAUCGAGAAGCGGACCGACGCUCCCCCCAAGCCCUUGAGCCCGAGUCCAUCCAGGCCCCUGGAAGGUCUGAAAGUGCUGUGCUGCACGCACGCCAUUGCCGGCCCGUCGUCUGGCCGGACGCUGGCUGAACACGGGGCAUCGGUGCUGCAGAUCAUGUUCACCCACGGCUUUGAACAUGCUUCGGUCUAUGCAGGCGCUAACCUGGGCUGUGCAUCGGCCCGGCUCAACUUUCACAAGCAAGAGGACCGUGAACACCUCUGGACGCUGAUCCAAGACGCCGACGUCUGGGUCGACUCGUACCGCGAGGGAGCUAUUGCCAAGUUUGGCUUCAGCGACGAUGCCAUGUUCGCCCGCAAUCCUAGCCUGAUCAUCUCUCACGUCCGCUGCUACGGGACCACAGGGCCAUGGGCACGCAAACCGGGAUUCGACAUGCAGGGCUCAGCCUCAUCCGGCAUGCUGGCCCACUGCGGCGAUGGACUCGCCAAUCCCCAGUGGCCGCCGGAGAUGGUGGUGAACGACUACACAACGGGAUAUUUCGGCGCACUCAGAAUCCAGUCUGCCCUGCUCCAACGAGCUCAGUAUGGUGGUGGCUACGUCGUCAGUCCGUCUUUGACCGGCACGGCGAUGGCUAUCAUGAAACACUUUAAGACUACGCCGACUAACAUGCCUGCCAAUCUCACAGACGACGCCCUCCCUCCCGAAUCUGUGGAAGGCCCCUCGGGCUGGGGCUAUCUCAAAACACUCAAGCCGCUGCCCAACAUGUCCAAGACGCCGCAAAAGUACGACCCGAUCUUUUUGGCACAGAUCGGCUCCAGUCCCCCGGUCUUCCCGGGCGAUGAGGACAAGUGGGAUAAGGACAAGAUCCAGCCACGCAAGAAGGCGUGCACGAAAACCGACAUCGAAGCGCCCUUCUUGGCCAAGAUGUCCAGCUUGGCUGAACUCAGCAUGAAGUACUUUAUCCCAAAUUGA